AUGGGAUCCGUGACAUCUAGUUUAUCAGAGUCUACAACCGGAAGGGGCCAUUCACGCAGGCACAAGAGGCGUCACAGCAAGGGUGGUCGAAAACGACAAUCAAGUAGCGGCAGUGAAGGCACUGCCCUGAAUAUGUUGCUCCUGGUCGCCUUGGAGUAUAUGAAGAUAGAAAUUGAAAUCGCCAAGAUACGGUUGUCAAGGGCAAAGAAUGAGGAGUCGCAUGCUGCUCGGGCCAGACGAAGAGAAAGAACUCCCGUGGCGCAGGAAUCGAGAGGAAGGGAAUGCAGAGAAUCUAUGUCUAUAGACGGUUUCCAAGAUACCAGAAAUUUUGAUGGAUUGCCCUACCAUAAUAUUCCUGAUCCUAGGGCCCAAAUGACCAUGCACGAUCGUCAUCGAAUGUCAAGGAGGGGGCCGUGA